AUGCCGAUCAUUAUCAUCCCAACUUGGUGUCCGCCCUCCCGCGAGCAUUGGGAGCUCGUCACAUUCCUCUGGCAGUUCUUCCCGAUCUUCACCUUGUUCCAAUGGCUCGUCAAGUACUAUCCCAUGGGCAAGACCUCGACCGCAUCUUCCUUCAAUGUCCCCGGCAAGAUUGGGUGGGCCACUAUGGAGGCGCCUGGCUUCAUCACGCUUUUGUACUUGAUGUACGCUCUGCCGAAGCAGGAGGGGAUUGAGAGUCUUCCAUUCACCAAUUGGACUAUGGCUAGUUUAUUUGCGAUUCACUACAUCUACCGCGCCCUCAUCUCCCCACUGUUUCUGAAUCCCUCAAUGUCACCUAUCCACAUUUCAGUCUGGGCUUCGGCGCUUAGUUUCCAACUGAUUAAUGCCACGUGCAUUGGAGGCUGGCUCGGCGGAUACGGCCCCACGACACAGGACGAAUGGACCGGUGCUGCAAUGAGACUUGAACUCGGCCUAAUGAUCUUUGCAGUUGGUCUCCUGGGCAACAUGUAUCACGACGAUGAGUUGCGCGAGAUCAGGAGGGCUGCAGCGCGGAAUCAGGAGAGAAAGCAGAAGGCUCGGGGCGAGAAGGGUGACGGGAAAGGUGUCGAGAAGGUGUACAUGGUCCCUGAGAAUGGCCUCUUUCGUUUGGUGUUGUUUCCGCAUUAUCUAUGUGAAUGGAUUGAGUGGGGUGGAUUCUGGAUGAUUGGGGGAAUGGCCUGUGUGCCAGCGAGGACGUUUUUAAUCAAUGAGGUGGCCACCAUGCUGCCGAGGGCCCUCGAUGGCAAACAGUGGUAUAUCGAGAGAUUUGGAAAGGAGAAGAUAGGAAGCAGGAAGGCUAUCAUACCAGGCAUAAUAUGA